CCUUGCCAUAUAUUCACAUAAUAUCGCUCCUCUCAGUUCAAGUCGAGUACCUUACAGUACUAGUUACGUGGUUGUCAAACAUUGAUCAGUGAUAUUGCAGAUCCGGGGUCAAUUUCCUUCAAGUUUUAUUUCCGAGUCGAUGUUUCAACCCCGAAAUGUGCUCGUAACACUAUUCAGCUCUCUCAAAUUUGUGUGAGUGCCACUACCAGCAACGCUUGAGACGUAAUCCCCGUCAGGCUUCCAUUCACCAUGGUCGGAUCCGACUCGAACUUGCCACAUUUCACGCUGGGAACCCUUGAUGGGCCCCAUGAUUCGGAUGCUGCUCCAAAGCCAUGUUACAUACAGCAAGAAUGAUGACGAGUCGCCGGUUAGUAAUGCUACUCGUUUCGCCGCAGCUUCACCACAAGGUACCCCUCUUUUUGACAAGAAGAUCCUCCAAACCCCGCCGGACAAUCAUAGCCUGGGGAAUUACUAUGUGAGCUGCUUUGAAUGCGAGCUCCGAGAGAAUUCAACCGGGUUCACGCGUAUAAAUAUGCGGUCGGUCUCGAAGGCAGGUCCCCAUCGCUCCUUUGAUUACUCUGAGGAUCUUUGUCACUGCAUCGACCAAUUUUUUCAAAUAUCUUUACUACUGCACAAUGUCUGUCACAGCCACAGAGACCCAGAUUGGGAUUUACAACAACACCAAGCACACGAUCUCUGCCCGCAUCACCAAUGACAACGGUGACACGGGGUCUGCUGGAUUCUCAGAUAUCGAGCCGGGGAAGUACGAUUUGUGGAACCGAAGCCACUGGCAAGUGGCCUUCGUGUUGAAGCACUCGGUCGAGCCAUCUAAUCCCAAGGCGUUGACUUUGAUCGUGAAGCCUACGGGGGUUUACUACAUCAACGAUGAGUAGAAGCAGUUCGAGUUGGGUCGCGGCGUGCGCUGUGUAUGCCGCUAUUAAGUACUGUAGCAUGACCUGCCGUGAUGUCUUGUAAGUUGUUGUACAACAAAGUUGCGAGGUGGAAUCAAUAGGUGUAUUUGUCGCUGUGUUUUAAAAUGGCCUGUACAUGUACAUACGCAUGCCCGCCGAAACGAUGUCCCUGGGAUAAUCUGCGAACAUGAAGUUAGUUUAUUCGCAACCCAGAGAGUGAG